AUGGGAGAUGUCCCUGUUGGAGAUGUCCCUGUUGGAGAUGUCCCUGUUGGAGGUGACACCAUGGGAGGUGCCACCAUGGGAGGUGCCACCAUGGGAGGUGCCACCUCUGUCAGAGAUGUCCCUGUUGGAGAUGUCCUUGUUGGAGAUGCCACCGUGGGAGAUGUCACUGUUGGAGGUGACACCAUGGGAGGUGCCACCAUGGGAGGUGCCACCUCUGUCAGAGAUGUCCCUGUUGGAGAUGUCCUUGUUGCAGAUGCCACCGUGGGAGAUGCCACCACUGUGGGGGGUGACACCACCAUAAGAAAUGUCACUGUGGCCGAUGUCACCGUGGGAGACGCCAUUCUGGGAGAUGCUACCACAGUGGGAGAUGUCACCGUUGGAGAUGCCACCACGGGAGGUGCCACCACUGUGGGAGAUGUCCAUGUGGGAAUUGUCACCAUUGGAGAUGUCACCAUUGGAGGUGUCACCGCUGGAGAUGUCACCACCAUUAGAGGUGUCACCACCCUGGGAGGUGCCACCACGGGGGGUCAUGACGUGAGAGGUGCCACCACCGUGGCACACGUCAUUGUGGCUGAUGUCACCCUGCGAGAUGCCACCGCUGGAGAUGCCACCAUGGGAGGUGGUGGCACAGGAGGUGCCACCAUGGGAGGUGGUGGCACAGGAGGUGCCACCAUGGGAGGUGGUGGCACAGGAGGUGCCACCAUGGGAGGUGGUGGCACAGGAGGUGCCACCAUGGGAGGUGCCACCGCUGUUGGAGGGGCCUCCAUGAGAGGAGCCCCCACCGUGGGAAGUGUCACCAUGAGAAUUGUCACCGUGGGAGAUGUCACCAUUGUAGAUGCCACGGUGGGAGAUGCCACCACUGCUGGAGACGUCACCGUUGCAGGUGCCACCACCGUGGGAGCCGAUGCUGUGGGAGAUGCCACCACCAUGGGAAUUGUCCCUGUGGGAAGUGCCACCAUGGGAGAUGCCACCACUGCUGGAGAUGUCCCUGUGGGAGAUGUCCCCAUGGGAGGUGAUGCCAUGGGAGAUGCCACCAUGGGAAGUGCCACCACCGUGGGCAAUGUCACGGUGGGAGGUGCCACCACUGCGGGAAACGUCCCUGUAGGAAAUGUCACCCUGAGCGAUGACGCCAUGGGAGAUGUCCCCUUGGGAGAUGCCACCAGUGUUGGAGACGUCACUGUAGGAAAUGUCCCCAUGGGAGAUGAUGCCACCACGGCUGGAAAUGUCCCCGUGGGAGAUGUCACCAUGGGAACCGAUGCCAUGGGAGAUGCCACCACCGUGGGAAAUGUCACUGAGAGAGAUGCCACCGUGGGAAGUGAUGCCACCUUGGGAAACGAUUCCACUGGAGAUGCCACCAUGGGAGAUGUCACCACCGUUAGAGGUGCCACUGUGGGAGGUGCCACCACCAUUGGAGAUGUCACCGUGGGAGAUGAUGCCAUUGGAGAUGCCACCAGUGUUGGAGAUGCCACCGUUGGAGAUGUCCCCAUGGCAGAUGCCACCGCUGUUGCAGGUGUCACUGUAGGAAAUGUCACCACAGGAGAUGCCACCACGGCUGGAAAUGUCCCCGUGGGAGAUGUCACCAUGGGAACCGAUGCCAUGGGAGGUGCCACCACCGUAAGAAAUGUCCCCGUGGGAGAUGCCACCACUGCUGGAGAUGUCCCUGUGGGAGAUGUCCCCGUGGGAGGUGAUGCCAUGGGAGGAGCCACCAUCAUGGAAAGUGCCACCACCGUGGGCAAUGUCACCAUGGGAGGUGCCACCAUGGGAAAUGCCACCACUAUUGGAGGUGUCCCUGUAGGAAAUGUCACCCUGAGAGAUGACGCCAUGGGAGAUGUCCCCUUGGGAGAUGUCACCACAGUUGCAGACGUCGCCGUUGCAGGUGCCACCACAGUGGGAACCGAUGCCAUGGGAGAUGCCACCAUGGGAGAUGCCAUCACCGUGGGAAAUGUCACUGAGAGAAAUGCCACCACUGUGGGAGAUGCCACCAUGGGAGAUGCCACCACUGCUGGAAAUGUCACUGUAGGAAACGUCCCCAUGGCAGAUGCCACCACUGUUGCAGACGUCACCAUUGCAGGUGCCACCACCAUGGGAACCGAUGCCAUGGGAGACGCCACCACUGUUGGAAAUGUCACUGAGAGAGAUGCCACCGUGGGAAAUGCCACCACUGCUGGAGAUGUCCCUGUGGGAGAUGUCCCCAUGGGAGGUGAUGCCAUGGGAGGAGCCACCAUCAUGGAAAGUGCCACCACCGUGGGCAAUGUCACCAUGGGAGGUGCCACCAUGGGAAAUGCCACCACUAUUGGAGGUGUCCCUGUAGGAAAUGUCACCCUGAGAGAUGACGCCAUGGGAGAUGUCCCCUUGGGAGAUGUCACCACAGUUGCAGACGUCGCCGUUGCAGGUGCCACCACAGUGGGAACCGAUGCCAUGGGAGAUGCCACCAUGGGAGAUGCCAUCACCGUGGGAAAUGUCACUGAGAGAAAUGCCACCACUGUGGGAGAUGCCACCAUCUGA